AAUUACAAAGUUUGGAAGCAGAACUGUCGACUGCGGGGGAUCGACAAUGUUCCAUUUGUCGUCGUCAUGUUGGAUUUCCAGCUCCUGGUAAAGGUAGCUAGCUUGCUCUCGAAAACCUUUCUUAUCUGCUGCGCGUGAACUACAAUUAUGAUGCGGUGUUUCAACGUUUAGAAACAUAAAUCAUCCCCUGCUAAACGGUUUUCGAAAUGUAUGCUGUUAUGGAUAUGUGUACGGUUCGUUCAAUCACUAUCUGAAUUUAAACAACUAAGACGGAUAAUCAUUUGAACAGUGCAGAAGAGAAUCUCACUCCAAAUAUAUAUUUUUUUCCUUCCGUCAAGACCAGUAUGUAUAUUUGUAUGUAGAGACUGCCAAUCGAAAAUUGAAACAGCAUGGGAAAGAGAACACUGAAAUUGGUUAUUUCUUUAAGUCUCGACGUAGCCUCGAGACAGUGGAAAGUUUUGCUGGAGAAACUGAGGAACAAGGGGAAUUUCCAACAUCAACAUCACAAAUAAGGGAUCCGGGUGACUCAAAGUGAAAAGGAAACCCAAACCGGGAUGGUGCUAAUAGUUUCCAAUUGAAAUGAAUUUUCAUUUGGCAGGAUUUGCAGAGGCGCUUGGGAAGAUGCCUUUUGUAGACCUGAGGCCAGAGAUCAAAAUCAAGAGCAUCAUUAUGGCAAGAAGUGGUUCGGACAGAGCUGGGGUUGCCCAGCAUUCAAAUCCUGGAAUCUGGAAGAUGAGUCAGAUGUUUCAAAAUGGCAAUGCAAUAUGAACUUGUCCAUACAAAAGACGAUGGAAAGGGAGAGAAGACAGGUGCAGGGUUGCAAUCUCAGGAUCCGGCUGGCCAAUCCCAGUGGAAAUUGUUAAAAGUUGUUACCAUGGAGAAGGAUGGAAUGAAAGUACUUCGUAUCAAGAAGGAAAUAAAUGAUGACACAGAACAUGACACACCAUCUCCAGUGACAGAUGAGCAGCUGUGUCCCAAAGUGGACAUGGUGUUUGUUAAGGAGUGGAGCCAAAGCUUGUGGCGAGAUGACAGAAUAGACAGUAAAGACAGAACAGAGGAAGAAACUCCAGGAUCAUCAAUGACCCAGCAUCAGAACGGAGGGCUACUUCAGUGCAGUAAGCUGAAUCCCUCCACUCCAAUUCUCAAAGUCUUUUGUGAUCCUGAACGAGACACGUAUCCCGACUACCGACUGAAGAGGGAAUCUCUGAAUUAUCUGUUCUCCUUGGCCCUGACUGGUCAAGACAGACAGACGGCAACAUUCAAGAUCCUCGUCUUUAUUUACUGGUUGGCCCACGGGACCUCCUAUAAAACUGUCUCUGAGACUUUCGGAAUCCCUCUGUCCAAUGCUACCAGCAUCGUCCGCGACGUUGCGGACAAUCUGGUCAAGCUCUCUCUGAAGAUUGUGAACAAGCCCUCUUCAGGCGAGCUGGCUCUCACGAUGCAAGGGUUCGGCAGACUGGCCCGUCACCCGGUGUUUGAGAAGGCUGUGGGGGCCAUAGGUGGGUGCCACGUCAGGGUCAAGAUCCCCGGUGUACCGCAACCCCAACAUCGUCCAGGUGACCAGCCCCUCCCUGAGAAGGCCCUCCCCACCAUCAACUUCCAAGGGGUCUGCGACCACACGGGCAGCUUCAUCGACGUCUUUGCGGGGCUGCCUGGGUCUAUGACCGACGUGAGGAUCCUGAGGCACAGUCCCCUUUACAAAUGUUCCCUCUACCCUCCACCCGGAUGCUUCCUCCUAGGCGACGGCGGGUACCCUUGCCUACAGACGCCUGUGUGCAUCAUCACACCCUAUUCAAAGUCUGACCAGAACCCGGUGCACGUCCAGUUCAACCAGCACCACGCCAUGGCUCUCUCCUCCAUCGAGAGGACCUUCGGCAUCAUGAAGAAGCGCUGGCACAUGAUCUUCCUGCAGCCUCUUGAGCUCCACCCAAGCUUCAUCCCCAAAGUGCUAGCGGUGUGCACCGUGCUGCAUAACAUCUGCCUCAGGUCGGGAGACUUGCUGGAGCCAGUGAAGAUUGAGGAUGGAAGCAAGGUGACAGAGGCUCUGAAGGAGUGGCUAGCGUCCAAUGAGACCAGCGGAGAGGCGUUGAGGGACAGUUUGGCUCAACAGAUCUCUACAAUGAACUGCAUGGCCACUGUGAAAGAUGAGCGAGGUACAUCUGCACCAGCAAACAUGACGGCAGUGCAAAAAGAACACGCUUACAACAUAGUAGUGAUGGAACAUUGAUUUGGUGAUCACAAUUGAUGGGUCGAAUAAGUCACCAUCAGGCACCGAUUACACCACUGGCUAGCUGUGAUACUUCAUCAGCCCUUAAGUGGUGGUGGAACUGUUACUACUGACAUUUUUGACUUUUUCACUAAAACAAUUAAGCAUAGUCGCCUCAUAUGCCAGUGUUUCUUUACCAUGUCAAAAAUCAUCCACUUUAUUUCAAAUAUUAUUUCCUUUAUACUGUACACAGGAUAGUGAAACACGAUUUGGAUUAUGUUUUUGUGGGGCAGGUAAAUGAGUGGGGCAGGUAUUCAAAUAUUAUUUCCUUUAUAGUUAUACUGUAUACUCUAGAUGACUGAUAGGGGGCGCUACCAUCUUGGCACUCCCUUAUUUAGCAUAAAAAUGAAAAAAUAUAUUUUCCUUAAAGUACAUUUAUUUUUAGAUGACUAAUGUUACCGUCCCCACUACAACAACAAAAAUACUUAAAUACAUGUAAUUUUGUCCUUGAAUCCAUUUAAUUAAACUACUGUAUAAUCCCUUUCAUUCCUAUGGAGGACUGCUCCUACUAGGGAGUGUCAUAUGGCUGACUGGUGGCUUCAAAGCCUCUCAAUGGCCAAUACAUGGCAUCAGUAGUCCAGGGUUUAUAUACAUCGUUUCUACUUGUUCCCUUUUCUUUUUCGGUUGAGUUGAAAAUAAAGCAAUAUAUCUACCUCCAAA